UUACCCUUUAUUCCAACCACGACCCGAGAAGACUUCAUCAAUGCCUGAUCAGGAAACAGUUUGGGAGGAAUGUACGAUCAAUUCCCCCUCCUCCCCGCAAAAUCGGAGCUCUCUGACUUGAGUAUUGGGGUUAGUUGGCAUCCUGUGCCCGUGAUUGAUUGUACGAUAAGCGCAUAAGUGGUGGAAAUCCAUUGAAUUUUAUUCCGAGGAAAGGAUGUGUAAUCUUCGGGAAAUAUGUAGAAUCACGUCGAGUUGCUCCUCUGAAAUCAGGGCAAAACAGAACAGAAUAAAAUUGACACCAUUCGUUGUCCAACCGAGCUUUUUGGGAUCAGUCUUGGUCUGAGUUAUGACUUGGAUAGUGUCGUCAAUUGGGAUCUUCGCAAUUGAUAGAGAUGGUCGGCCCAAUAUCAAUCCUAUCGCUUGUGGUCUCAAGGCAGUAAAGCUCUCUUUGGUAUGAAGUCUGGAGAGUCAUCAAUUCGCAAACGGGCCGAGGCCUUAGAGCUCACACUCCAACAAAUCGCUCAAGCCAAAAUGGACACAUCAUCUCAAACAGAGGACAAAAAUAGACAACCCGAUUGUGGAUAUCCAUCUAAGACAACGCAAGAAUCUUUAAGCCAACAUUCUUCGACCUCGAAAGAAAAUGAGGCUGAAAAAGGCGUGACAAACGCCGGAUUCCAUCUCGACGAAGAUGAUGACCCUGAUCUCGUCAAUGAGGACAAUCGAGUGGAACCUUGCAUCCUUGUUCCUGAAAGCCAGGUUCCAAACACGAUGACGAUAUUUAAGAAGAAUAACAAAGUUGACGAUGAGUCGACUACCUUGUCCCACACUAAGAUUGCCAAAAAGCAUGUCAAUUACUAUGACACCAUGUCAGAAGCAAGUGCCCAUAAUACCAAAGAGGCGGUGGUUCGAGAUCAGCCAUCUCUUCAUGGUGUCUCCUCCGAGCACUCUUUGGGAACACGGUCCCAAUCCAUGAUAUCGAAGGAGGUUGAGGACGACCUCGACGACGAAGAGGAUGAUGAUGAGAACCGUCAACAAUGGUCAAACCCAAUCGAGUUCCUCCUGUCAUGCAUUGCAAUGAGCGUUGGAUUAGGCAAUGUUUGGCGCUUUCCCUUCACGGCUUAUGAGAACGGAGGCGGAGCAUUUCUCAUACCUUACAUUAUCGUGCUAUUAACCAUCGGACGGCCUCUUUACUUUAUGGAAUUGGCCUUGGGUCAAUUCGCCAGUCGAGGGAGCGUCAAGGUCUGGGAUAUGGUCCCAGGUUUUAGAGGCGUAGGUUUUGGUCAAAUGAUUGCCUGUUCUUCCGUAAUAUCUUACUAUACGUGCCUCAUCGCUCUGGCUGUUUUCUAUUUGGGGGCUUCAUUUUCGUCCGAGCUCCCUUGGACGGUAUGCGAUAACGAGCUAACACCAAAUGGAACUUUGUGCGUUUCAUCCGGAUCCAAUUCCUCCUUGGCAUUUCAAGAUUUAGUUGACCGUGGCAAAUACGAGCCUAACACCGAGUUGGAAUCCGUUAGUUCUGCAGAACAAUAUUUCAGAGUGUAUGUUCUCCACGAGAAGAAGAGUAUUGAAGAUGGACUCGGGUAUCCCGACUACAAGUUGGUGAUCUGUUUAGCGAUAUGCUACCUUCUGGUGUUUCUCACCCUUUGGAAAGGAGUUGCGUCUUCCGGCAAAGUGGCCUACUUCACUGCUUUGUUUCCUUAUGUGAUCCUCAUUACCUUAUUAGUCCGAGGUGUGACACUGCCAGGAUCAUAUGAGGGUAUCAUGUUCUACAUCAGGCCACAAUGGGAACAACUUCUAAAUGUCAAGGUGUGGUAUGCAGCUGUGACGCAGAGCUUCUUCUCACUCUCCGUUGGAUUUGGAUCCUUGAUCACGUACAGCUCCUACAACGACUUUCGUCACAACACAUAUCGUGAUGCCUUAAUCAUUAGCUUUGCUGACACCUUCACUUCUCUUCUGGCCGGUUUUACAAUCUUUUCCAUAUUGGGCAACUUGGCCGAGGAAUUGGAUAAGCCCAUUGACGAAGUCAUCAACAGUGGCACGGGCUUGGCCUUUAUCUCAUAUCCCAUGGCCAUUGGGAAAUUCGACUUCUACCCUCAGGUCUUUUCGGUAAUGUUCUUUGUGAUGCUCAUCACCCUGGGUUUGGGAUCCGUUACCGGGUUGUCAAGUGGGGUCAUUGCCAUCGUAUGCGAUCAGAAACCGAAUUGGAACAAGACCAAAGUCACGUUCAUCAUUUGUGUCAUAGGGUUCUUGAUCGGGUUGGUUUAUAUCACACCGGGUGGCCAACAUAUUUUGAAUUUGGUUGAUUACCUGGGAGGGGGGUUUGCCAUUUUUUCUCUGGCCAUUUUGGAGGUGAUCGGCGUUAGUUGGUUGUACGGCAUGCGCCGGUUUAUUCGGGACAUUCACUUCAUGAUAGAAGGAGUUAAAAUUGGUCUCUACUGGAAGUUUUGUUGGGGCAUAUUUGUUCCUGUGUCCCUCACCUUGAUCCUGAUAUAUUCCAUCUACCAAUUUGAGUGGUUGGAGUACUCCGGAGUGCCACUACCAGAGGUCUACGUCUAUGGUGGAAUGGGCUUCGUCUUGUUUGCUCUUCUCCAGGUUCCAUUUUGGCUGUGUUACUCCAUCUGUAUGGUGAAAGGAGACGAUUGCUCAGAGAAAUUCAACCUGAGCUGGAAACCCAAUGAGGCCUGGGGACCCAAAAAGGCGAAAAUUCGCCGAGAAUGGCUUCGGGCAGAAGCUGAGCAUUUCUUUGAUGAGGCUAUUAAGUAAAGAAAAAAUGCUAUUAACGCAAUUGUAUAUAGACAGACAUGCCGGGUGACUCGCUAUAUUGAGGAUGCCAAUUCUUGGAUCCAACACCUGUUCCUGUCAAGAAACAACAUGGAUUAGCAAUGCUCCAAGUUAUCUUGACAGCUUGAGGCAUGUUGGCUGAGUUGAAUUUGUAUUAAAUGAGGUGGAAAUUCCAGAGCAAGGAGCUAAUUCGCAAGCCGAUAAGAUGUAAUUUAUUGUAAAUGAUGAUAGUAGUGUUGAGCACGUGUGUGUCAGUAUUUUCCAUUCAAAUAAACCUAACAGGGAUGAGACGA